CGAAUACUAGCUUGCGUGUCGCGACGCUGCGACGUAAUUUUGAUGUUGAAGAUUUGAUAUGACGUCACGGCGAACGACUUCUUCGCUGGCAGUUCCGAGCGGGGCACAUUCGCAGUCACCGUGUCAGCCAGAGCAGCAUCGCCUAAUUUUACUCGGUCGACUGAUCAAGACAUCCCAACAAAAUGCUGAAGUCAAGUAUAGUGGUGUUUGCUAUUUGUUUCGUGGUUUACAUCAACUGCGUGCCAACUCGAGUGGCCAACCAUGGAGCUUCCCGAGCCCUGAGUGACUGCGAGCAACGUAAGCAGAGGGAGGAACGUAACACGAGUCCGCUGGCCAUCCACAUCGAAUGCAACCCUGAUGGAAGCUACAAGCCGAUGCAAUGCUUUGGAGAUCCCAAGCAAGCCCGCAGGAUGUGUGCCUGCUACGAUCAAGAAUACGACCAGAUCAAGGCCCCAUCGAGGCAGCUGAAGUCCUGCAACUGUCUGGCCGAGCAUCACGAGAAAUCAAAGUCCACGCAUAGUCAAGUUGGAGUGGAAAUUCCCAAGUGUAAUUUGACGAGUGGAUAUUAUGAGCAAAUGCAGUGCAACACUCAGCAGCAUUGGUGCGUGGAUCCAGAACACGGAACCGCACUUGGAGAAAGGCGUCCCGGAGGCUGUGCCGAAGCUACGCGCGACCACUGCUAAUCAAGAAAGCUCAAUUCAAUACAGGAAAACUGUCAAGGACUGUCACAUAACAGUUCCCUUAUUAA